AUGAACAAAAAAGUAAUAUGCCUGUUUGACGUUGAUGGAACACUUACAAAGCCACGCAAUAUUAUAUCCGAUCAUAUGACUGAAUGUUUGCUUAAAUUGUGCUCUAAUAUUCCCUUGGCUGUGGUUAGUGGUUCCGAUUUCCAGAAGGUUUCUUCACAGAUUGGGACACUCGCUACCGAAAAAUUUUCAUAUAUAUUCUCUGAAAAUGGUUUGGUAGUACACAGUUAUGGUCAGAAAAUUAAAAGCACAAAUAUUGUUGAGCAUGUUGGUGAGGACAUCCUUCAACGUUUCAUCAAUUUCUGUCUCCAGUAUAUGUCAAACCUCUGGCUUCCGAGGAAAAGAGGAAAUUUUAUUGAAUUCAGAAAUGGUUUGAUAAAUGUGUGUCCAGUUGGACGAAGCUGUAGUCAGGAAGAACGAGAUGAAUUUGCCGAAUAUGAUGCGAAACAUAAAAUUCGCGAAAAUUUCGUCAUGAAAAUGCGUUCGGAAUUUCAUUCAAGUCCUUUAGAGUUCGCUAUAGGUGGACAAAUUAGUAUUGAUGUUUUUCCAAAAGGUUGGGACAAACGAUACUGUUUACAAUUCCUGAAAGAUUACGAUACUAUACAUUUCUUUGGUGACAAAACAGAAGAGGGUGGAAAUGAUUACGAAAUAUUCAAUGACCCACGAACCAUCGGACAUACUGUUACGUCACCGGAAAAUACAGAAGCUCAACUCAAAGCGUUAUUCCCCGAAAAUUGUUAA